GACGCAGAGAAAGCGCCGCGACAUUUCCGGCAGGCCUGCGACUCCCCGCUCGUAGGCGUGUGCACCCUCGUCGGCGAGUGCAGACCUUCGGGAAGGAGCCCCUCCUCCGCAGGUGCAGGCCUGGUGUGAUCUUCCAUUUGGACAGAGUGAAAGAGAACAAUGGAGAAGGACUCUGGCCCACUAGUGCCUUUACAUUGGAUCGGCUUUGGCUAUGCAGCACUGGUUGCUUCCGGCGGGAUCAUCGGCUAUGCGAAAGCAGGCAGUGUCCCGUCCCUGGCUGCCGGACUCCUCUUCGGUGGAUUAGCGGGCCUCGGUGCCUAUCAGCUGUCUCAGGAUCCAAGGAACAUUUGGGUUUUCUUAGCGAACAACCUCACCAUCUACUUGAAGAAGAAACAGCAGCCGUCACGUGGAGACUCCCUGCUGCCAUCGGCCUCUAAGCCUUCCCCUGUCCUGUUUCUCUCGUCUCCAAGGCUGGUCCCUCCGCCAGGCUUUGGGUCUCUACUCUUCACCUUCUCCGGAGCUUUACACCGUCAGUGAUGCCGGCUCUUCCUCGUAUCCUGCCUCUCAGGUGGAUCCCACCCAUUGAUGCUCCGAUGUGCUCAUCUCUCACCCAUUUAAAAAAAAAAAAAAAAAAAAAAGGACCUCUCGUGACCCCACUGCUUUCUUCAGUGGCUGCCCUUCUGCUUCCUCUUCAGGAACUUCUCUUAAAAAAAAUCCAUUACACUCGCAUCUUCACUUCCUCACCUCACAUUCUCAGCCCACUUCGGCCUCCACUUCUGUCCCCUUAGUCCACGGGAGUAGCUCUCCCCGAGGCUGCCAGGAACCUGUACGCUUCAAAAUUCAGCGUACACUCUUCAGCCCUCAUUUUGUUUGGCCUUUUAGCUGUUCUCAGCACAGUACACCAAUCCAUUUUCCGUUCUCUUGUUUUUCCUUUUUAUUUUCUGAUUCCCUUUUGUCUGUUUUGUCGACCUGUCUUCCAUUUCAACCAUUAGAUAUUGAGGUUCUUAAAACCUGGCUCUUUUAAUCUUCUUUAUACUCUCUCACUUGGCAGUAUGGUUGAAGCCCAGGUCUUAAAUUACCACCGAUAACACAAAUGACUCACAAAUUUCUCUCUCCUCCAAGCUUUACUCUUCGUAUAUCCAGUUGCCUGCUUGAAAGCGUUCAGCUGUGUCAUGGCAUCUGCCCAAACCUGGCUCCCUGUCCUCACACACGCUUGGUCUCCUGGUGUCCUCCCUCCAUCUGGGUCUCCGUUGCUCUCCUCCCCUCCAUCUCUGUCUGAUUCAUCAGCAAGUCCUGUCAACACUACCUGCCACUCGUAUCCCAGGCCGUCCCCUUCCCUACCUCCACGGCCACCAUCCACGCCCCAGUUAGCCCCCCUCUUGCCUGCAUUCCCGAGGAGGUUUCUCAGUUGGUGCCCUACCUCCUCUCUGUUUUCCCUGGAGUGUGUUCCCUGUGGUACAGCCACAGUUAUAUUUGCAGAAUGCAGCUCUUUGUAUGUAUCCCUCUGCGUAAUAUCUUUUCAUGGCUUUUCAUUGCUCUUCGGAAGAAGACCGCAGUCCGUCCCGUGGCCCUCGAGGCUCCGUAGGCUGUGGCCCUCUUCCUCACGCAAUCUCGGUUUCUGUGCCACACCACGCCUAGCAGCCCCCUCUCACCGCGGGGCCCCGCGUACGUUACGCCCUCUGCCUGGAACGCGCUUUCCUCCCCUUGAGCUCGUUAAUCGCGACUCUCGACAUCGCGGCUCCACCUUCGCUUUCUCAGCAAGUCCUUCUCCCUGAAUGGGCUGGAUCCCCUGUUCAUCACGUUAUGUGUAUUGCAUUAAUUGCGCCUGUAGCACAGAUUAUACUUCUGAGUCUUUAUUUGUGUGAUUCUUUCAAGUUAGUCCUGUCAAACUCAAAGCACCGUCAGGGCAGAGAUCUUUUUGAUGACAGUUGUGUUCCCAGCACCUGGUGCGGCGCACGGCAGGUGGUCGGUAUGUGAAUAGAUGUCGAGUGGGAGGAGCCUAAGGGCGUCGAGUGGGAGGAGCCUAAGGGCGCACAGGGUAAAUAGCAUCGGCGUAGGAAAGAUGUAGUUUUCUCCUACAGCGGUUUAGGAGAAAACUAAGAAAUUUAGGGCUGAAGAAUGGUAGGAGGUGAGGCUGGAGAGGCAGGCUGGGCUCAGACACUGAGAGCCUUUGAUUCCAGUGUUUGUACUUAGUCCCGUUGACUGUGGGUGGCCGUGGAGCUCCCCGACUCGGGGAAGGAGGAGGUAUGAGAUGAGGUCUGGGCCCUUGAAAGAUGGGUGGGAGUUUGGCCACGUUUUCAUCCUCCUACAUAUAAGGUGUAGUGAUCUUUGACUCUUUUUAUCUUU